GCGUUGACACGAGCAGUGCCAUUGAUGUGGUCUAUCCAAACGAUGGAGCCCACCUGACCAAAGUGGAAGGCUGCUGUUCAGCAAAGCCCAAGGCCGAGACGAUCUCCAUUGCCGAAGCUCUCCAUCUUCAAGAGGAUGACACCACCAAUGCCAUGAACCAGGAUGCCGAGCUGAUCUACGAGUUGCCAGAGGCGCGCAGUGACCUAGGAGGCAAAAGGGAUGGAUCCGAGUUGAGGGACACCUUCACCAACCAGAGCGGUAUGUCGUACCUGGAACAGAGUCUCUCAGGAGACGAAGAUCCGGGUCUCCAGAUGCAGAAGACCUACAUGACAUCACCGAGCCAGAACUACAAUGUUCCUCCGGGGAUUCGGAACCUCCAGCAAUGGGGAAGCCUUGUCAUUCCCUCAGGCAAGAACCAGGGCAAGAGCUUCAGCCAAGUGUUCGAGAUGGACAAAAACUAUGUCUAUCAGAUCAGAAAUCGAAGGGCAGUCUCGUCCUGGCUUCGCAGCUUUCAGAACUACAUGAUUGCCCGGGAGAAGUACGAGAUGAAGAACCAGGCACCUGUGCCACCGGUGACAGCCAACUAUGUCACCUCGACAGCACUGCCCAAAGGAAAAGCUCUACCGAAAGCAGCCCCGAAGCUGGAAAAGACGGAAGACUGGCAGGUGAUUUCCGAUGUCGAGAUCAUGAAGAAGGAGAAGAACAAGCGUCCCAACGAACCGAGCAAGAUGGCCAACAGCUCGAUGAUGCCGACAGACCCCAACCCCGAGAGAGUGAGAAUGCUGCAAACGCAGAUCGCAGUGCUCCAAAGAGAGCUUGCACGCGAGACUCAGGUUCCAACCGACGAGGGGGAAGAGAUUCAACAGCAAUUUCCACAAGUGGAUCUCAAAUUCGUGCUGAUGUGCAAAGGCACGGAAAGGCACCGAGUGCCAGCACCAGAGCAUGCCAGAGAUGAAAUCCCUCUGCGCAAAACGCUCCUGGUCUGCAGAAGCACUGGGAACAUCAGGGAUCUUGGAAACUUUGAAGAGUGGCAGCACCUCUCCAAGGCAAAACAGGUUCGUAAGUCUGGUCCAGCACGUGUUUCCAUGAGUGUUUUUGGUAAGAGGUCCUUGAUUGGUGGGUCCAGCGGUUCUCAUGGAAUUUCUCCUGAAGAGAGUGAUGCGCCAAUGGAACCUCAAGAAGAUCCCGGGGCUCCAAGUUCAAUGAAUGUCCCUGCAGAAUCCCAAGUAGAAAAGACUGAUAACACAUGGUCCAAGGAGUUUGGGGAAUUGCGAAAUAGCUGGAUGGCCACCGAAAUUCACCCCAGUGCAUGGUCCUGCAUUUCGCUCAUUGGCGCCAGAGCAGAAGGUGCCGAUCCUGCAGUAAUUGCAGGUGCUUUAGAGAUGCAGUGUGAUGUUUGCCUCGAGCACAUCUGCUUGCUGAAAGUCCGACACCCGAAGGACUCCAUUUUCGGGAAAGUUUACAGCGCAGAGAGCAGGCGUAGUCGUCCAGGGUCAAUUGAGUUCGAAGCCGGUGAUUGGGUGCUGUACUGGAAGCGAGUGAGAGGGAACAUUCGUCAUGAACGAGGUCGCUGGUAUGGUCCAGCACAAGUGAUCACAGUUGAGAAAAACAAGGUUUUUGAUCUGUCAUCGGACACUGAUGUGACAGAUGGCCAAUUAGCUGAGUGCAUUUUGAUUACCACCACUGCCAAAAAGCAGAGGGUUGAAGUUCAGUGGCGGAACCUUAGCGAUUCUGACAAGGAUACCCAAGGAAAACCCAGGGUGCGCGGUGUGCUUGGGAUCCACGUCGAUGAUGGAAUUGGAGCCAUGGACAGUGGGGUAUUGCGUCGUGCUAUUGCUUUGGGGAAGUACUCACUGUUUGAUGAAUUAGAUAUCCUCAAGCAGCGUGCUGACAAGAAAGAACGCUUGAAAUGGCUCUCAGAGCAGGAAUCCAGGAUCAAAGGUGAAGACGUUGUUCCCGUGCUCACCCCAGAGGAAUGGGAGGAGGCUUUUCGGCAGAGCCUUCUGGAAGCUGAGCUCGAGUAUGAGAUGCUCCACACCGAGGCAUGCCUUCGAGAGGAGUUGUUCUACAUGGAUUUGCUGAACAUCGACCGCGAAAGUGAGGAAGCCUUUGAAGCUGGUCUGUUCCAGAUCCACAACGAAGACGACGACGACGAGGACGAAGAAACGCAGUUUGACUUCAUGCUAUGGCUUGGUGAAGUGCUCUUCCCAGAGAGUUGUUUCACCAGAGAAAAAAACUGA